AUGAGGAAAAGCAUGAAAGAAAUUUUGAUUGUGCUCAGUGCGAUUUUAGCUGUAAUCACAGCUGAAAUAAUCGCAACUGAUCCCAAAGUGAGUUUGAUGGAAGAAGAACUUCGAAAAGAGGUUUCUCUAAAAAAACAUUCUUCGGAAGUAGAAGUGCAUUUACCACUUGAAUUAAUGCCUUAUCCUUUGCAAUCCGAAAAUACUAAUAGAACGAAAGUGUGUACAUUGUGCGAAUAUUUAUUACUAGUGUUUGUUUAUUUUGGAGACAUUACAAAUGUAAAUGAGGAAAAAGUGAAAGAAUUUCUUGGAAGAGUGUGUAUAAAGGUACCUACUUCCGUUGGAGAUGAUUGUCAAAAUGUUGUAAAUACUUAUGGAGGUGCAAUUUUGGCCACACUUGCUAUGGACAUUGAUCCAUCUUUGGUUUGUCCUAUGAUACGUAUUUGUCCAUCGGAUGUAUUAGUAAAUAUGUGGGAAGAAAUUCCUAAGAAUUUCAUCAGUACAAAAAAUGAGCCAAAUUGUCCAUUCUGUUUGCUUGCAGUAUCACAGAUUUAUAAUGUUGUUAGAAGCAAUAAAACUGAGGCUAGCAUUGAAGUUGAACUGAAUAAAUUAUGUAAUCGUUUGCCACGUACUUUGAACGUUGUAUGUACAAAUUUUGUGCAGACGUUUAGCAUAGGACUCGUAGGGUUACUACUUGUUGACUCGUCUACCGAGGAAGUAUGCAAUUAUCUUCGUUUGUGUGUUCCAACUGAUAAUCCUGAUGAAAUGUAA